CAGUACACCUAACUACAAAUUAAUUCUAAUUAUCUGUAUCAUAACUAUCAUUUUUUAAAAAUUUAAAUUCUUAAAGCAGAAAUAAAAAUGAAACUAAUUUUUAUUUGAAAAAUAAAGUUAAAUUUGUUUUUUUAUAUCCCAUGAACUAACUGUAUACUAUUUUAAUAAUAUAAUUUAGUAAACUUGGUAAUCGUGAAAAAUAAUGGCUUAUAGCUCCGCAGAGGAGCUAAUCAGGAGUGUAAUUUGUCCGCAUGUGGCUGUUUUAUGUUCAGAAAAAGCACAAGAAAUAUGCCGUAAAAACCACUUAAACUUUUGUGAUUUAUUAAAUCCAUUUGCUCAAAUAACUGAUGUUAGCUUUAAAGAUGCCAGUGGAACUCCUGUAAAUAUUCCUAAUUUAAAAAUAUCUUUUUCUAAUAUGAAUAAUGAGCCUAUACCGUUAACUAAAGAAAAAAGUAGACUUUUUAAAUCUGUCAAUGUUAUUAAUGAUCCUGAGAGUAAAAUUAUCAGAAUCGGAGAACGCCAAUUAACAAUACCGGAGAGCACUCCAUGGUUCAACAAUUGGAGAAAAACUUUUUUGCAAUUAUUGUCAGUGUCAGAUCAUGAAUUUACAAAACAUUACUUAGGAUGUGUUAUAGUAAUAAGUUCUUUUGAUGAAGAGCAAGUUAAAGUAUUAACUCAACAAAUCCAACAAUCAAUUUUACCAAAUCAAAAUCCUUCUUCACCAAAAUGGUUUCAUACUACAGUACUGCGUUAUUAUGUUGUAUUACAAGAAAAUUCAGAUUCUGAUUUAACAGUACCAAAUAAAAUUAUUGAAACUUUGCAAUCAACAUAUGGUCAUAGCAGUUGUUACCUUCUUAGAGUAAAUUCAUUAAAAGAACCAAAAAUUCAAUCAUCAGAUGAAAUGUGGGAUUACUUAAAUACCUCUUAUGACCUAGACGAUAGUGAAGAAAACCACAACAAUAGUGGAGAAUUUGAAAAUAGCUUAAAUUAUAAUGAAGAUUCUAUAUUACAUCCAUUGAGUCCACAAGAAUACAGUAAAAGUAUUAGUAAUAAUACAAAAUCUGUUAGUCCAAAAAUAUAUGGAGCUUAUUUAAAUUCAGAUGAUUAUAUUAACAUUAAAGAAUUGACUAAACAUUUUAUAACAAGGUCAUUAAUACCUUAUAUUGAAUCUCAAAUACAAUCAUUAAAUGAAUCGGUCAUCAAUAAAAAAGGUGUUAGUAGAUCGCUUCUUAGUGCAACAAAAAGAUGGUUUAGUACUAAUAAACCUACUGCAGCUACUGUACCAGCAUCAGUGAUAUAUACAAGUGAUUCUCAAGAACUACAAACAAGACGUUUAGCUGAUCUUUACAUGAUUUUGGGUGCUUGGUCUCUUGCAUUUCCACUUUAUCAAACAGUUAAAAGAGAUUUUAGUGCUGACAAUGCAUGGUUGCUAUAUAGUGGCGCUGUUGAAAUGGCUGCAUUAUGUGCCUUACUUUACCCCAGUAUUUGUGAUCAUCGCAAGGCUAUAGAAUAUGCCAAUGAAAGUAUAUUAACAUAUUUAAAUACUUGCAGAUCUCCACAGUUUGCUACAAGAUCUACUCUUUUGAUGUGUGAAUUACUUGUAAGCCGCGAAAUGUAUGGUGAAGCAGCUAAAAUGUUUAUACAAAUGACCAAUGAAGACUCAGAUCUCCGUAGUGCAAUAUUACUUGAACAAGCAGCUUAUUCAUUCCUCCAAGCUCAAAAACCUACAAUGUUAAGGAAAUAUGCUUUUCAUAUGGUACUAGCUGGACACAGAUAUUCUAAAGCUUUACAAAGAAAACAAUCCUUAAAUUGUUAUCAACAAGCUUAUCAGGUUUUUGAAGGUACACAUUGGACAUUGGCAGAAGAUCACAUUCAAACAGCAAUUGGAAAACAAGCGACAUUCUUAAAACAUAUUAAAGAAGCAACUGAUGCUUAUUCUAAAUUACUAGCUAGAGCAUCUAACCAACCUCCUGAGCAGCAAGCAACUUUAUUAAGAGAUUACUUAAAUAUAAAACUAGAAUAUGCAUCUGGAAAUAGUUAUUCUUCAACUAUUGAUUUAGCUCUGCCACUGAUUGAUCAACAAAAAGUAAAAAUACUUUUAAACUCUGAUAGUGUAAUUACUAAACCAUACUGCUUUGAUGAGGAUUUGUUAGAUACAAGAUGGAAUAAAAUGGAAGAGGAUCUCAUUACAGAAGCUAGAGGGAUUCCUCCAUUAAUAUUUAAGCCAACAUUAGCAUAUUAUGGUAGUAAUUCUGUUAUAAAACAACAAAUUUAUAAAAACGAAUUAGUUCAAGUUCAAAUAACAUUAUCCAACCCUUUAAAUAUAUCUCUUAGCAUUGAAAACUUAUCAUUAACAUGUUCAUUUGUAAAAGAUUCAACUUCAGUAGAAUCUCAAGUAUUAGAUGAAUUACUAUUAGCCCCUUCUAGUACUACACAGAUUGUUCUUGGAUUAAAAGUCAAUAAUAUAGGAACAUUAACAAUAACUGGUAUUCAAUUUGGUUUAAUGAUACCAUCAGUUUUAAGUGAUGAUUCAGUAAAACGAUUUAUAAAUGGAUGGCAACCUUUAAAAAUGCUGAAUUCAAUAAAAUUAGAUGUUCAAUCACCAACUGCAUCAUUGAAAGUUGACUUCCUGGGUAAUCAAGUUAAUUCAUACAUUGGAGAAAUGAAUGUUAUAAAACUUAAUUUAGAAAAUAAUGGAUCUUUACCUCUUAAAAAAAUAUUAGUUUCAACUUCUAUACAAGAUUGUUUUUUUUCUGAAUCUGGGCUUUUUGGUAGAAAUAAAAGUAUUCAUUGUUUACCAUUUCAUAUUUUCCCGGGUUCAAAAAAUUCAGUUGAUUUUUGGUUUACUAGUCCUAACAAAGAUCAAUUCAGUGUUGAUUUAUUAUUUUAUUAUGAACCUCAAAUAGAGUCAAAAAAACAAGAAUAUAGACUCUGUAGAGCCAGUUGGAAAAUGACUGCCAGACCGUGUAUUCAAUUAGCUGCAUCGGCACUAUUUACAAAUCAAGCCACUGAAAUGCUUAAUUUAAAAACAAUUAUUCAAAAUGUUCACAAAGGGAAUGAUGUUGAUAAAGUGAAAUUAAAAAAUAUUUUUUUACUCAGUUCAAAUUGGGAAUUAGCUAAAAAAGUGUUCCUACCUGGAAGUCUUAAAAUUCUUGAACAGCAACAGUCAUGUCACUUAUUUUUACAAGCUUGUCGAACAAAUCAAAGUUUAGUAUCAAAAUUAAGCUUAGAUGAGGAUCAGUAUAUUCUGACUAAUAUUUGUGAAAAAUUUGUUUCUAUUACUAAGCAACUUUCAUCAGAAAUAAAUAGUACUCAAAAGUAUGAUAGACACAAAAUUAUACCAGAUGUAUCAAAAUGUAUUGAUCUUGUUUUGGCCAUAUUAUGGCAGAUGAUAAUUAAAGAUCAUUCCAACCAUACUAGAAUUAUUAAUGGUAUUCAUAGAGUGUGUUUGACUAAAUUAAAUACAAUGGUUACCAGUCCUGAAUUUAGCUGUUUAAAUAUUUCUAAAAGUAUUACUAAACCAAUGGGAAGGCUGAAAAUAUUUGGACCUGAUCGUAAUAUUAAUCCAUAUGAUGGUACACCGUUACCCAACGACACUAUAGAUUCUUUAGAAUCACCUAUGAAUCGAUUGCUUAAUAUUGCACUUUCUCAUCCUAAUAUUGUAACUCAUUCUUUUAUGGAGAAAAAAAUUUGUAUUGUAUCCAUUAUAAUAAUAGUUAAAAAUUGUGUAGAACACAAUAUUGAAGUUAAGUUAAGUACUGAUACAAGCAACUCUAAACCUGAUAUUGAUAACCAAAACUUUUGUUGGGUCGGUGUUAUUGACACAAAGCCUUUUAUAAUACCAGUAGCAGGAACCCAUAAAAUCCAAAUGAAAGCUGCUGUUGCAUCUCAGGGCUGUUACAAAGCUACAUCAAAACUCAAUGUUUUUGCACGCCCGCAUCCACCUGCUCAACAUGAUUUCCUAAUCCAAGUUGUUUCUUCUUCUUCCUUGUUAAUAGUGAAAGACUCAAAGUCUGAAAUACUUAGUUAAUGCUUACUACUUUUCUACUUGGGUUUUUUUCACUUUAUCUUUUCUUUAAAUAUAUUUAUAUAAUUUAUUUAUUUUUUUUGUUAGGUAUAUUAUUUAUUAUGAAUCAUUUGUUUUUAAAU